AUGAAACGUAGGGACAAGGCCAAGUCGAUCCUUAGUGACGAUAAUUUGCUUUCCUAUAAACGGCUGCGUAAUCUCUGCAACAGACUGUGUCGUGACGCCAAACGGCGUUACAUCCAUUCGCCGAUGGAAGGCUUGUCUAUGGGUCAAACCUGGAAGUUCUUGAGAUCACUUGGUGUAGGUAAAGAUCGUGACUAUACUGUUGACUUACCCGAUCUCAAAUCACUCAACAAAUACUUUACCAACUCACAAUUUACAGUUGCUGACUCUAUCAAGACUUCUACGCUCACCUCUCUGGGCACUGUUGCACGUCCUGCUUAUGAGCCUUUUUCUUUUCGCGAAGUCACUGAGGGGGAAGUUAAGAAGAGUAUCCUAUCCAUUACUUGCAAGGCCGUGGGUGAAGAUGUAUCAAUCUGCCUUCGAAUAGUCGGCACAUCAGUACCAAGUCUCAAACAGAGAGGGGAGUCAGCAACAUUGACCUGCGACUACGAUUUGGAAGGAGGUCGACUAUACUCCGUCAAGUGGUACAGGGACAAUGAAGAGUUCUAUCGAUACAUGCCGAAGCUGAUACCACCGCAGCAUGCACACAGAUUGGAUGGAGUUAAGGUUGAUUUAGACAAAUCCAGCGCCCGUCGAGUACACCUGCGGGAUCUAACUCUAAGGUCUCGAGGACUCUACCGCUGCGAAGUCUCCGAAGAGGCUCCAUCGUUCCACUCAGCGCAAGCCGAAGCUCUUAUGGAAAUUUAUUAUUUCCCUAAAGAAGGUCCGCGUAUCACGGGUCACGACCGUUCGUACAUUUUGAGUGAACCGUUGGAUGUCAACUGCUCGUCGGCAAAGGCGUUUCCAGCUCCUGAACUCCAAUGGCUCAUUGACGGACAGAAAGUGACCGAGCGUACCUGGCUUAUCGCAUACGGAGCAAGGCCAGCAGCUCAAGGUCUGCUGGUGUCUACGCUCGGACUUAGGGCACCCAUGAAGCGUCGCAUGAGACUUCGGUGUAUCGCCUCUAUUGGCACUCAUAGAAGGGAAAAGACUGUCGUUAUAGGCAAGUUAUUUUUAUAAAAUGAGCCCUAAGAAUCUCACAUGCAUGACAACUUGCGCGAGAGCGACAUAGAAGCGCGAGAUAUUGCUAUUCUCUAUGCAAGAAUACCAGUAUUUCUCGCCGUAUGUCCUUGUCCAAUAGAAGAUUCUAGGGUACAUUACACUUAUUAUAGAUACAUAAUAUAUACUGCCCCUGUGGCCGCACGGUUAACAUGCUGAUCUGCUGCACAGAGGUCCCGGGUUCGAGUC